CUUAACACCCACUGCUGACAAGCCCAGUCAGAUUUUACUGUCGCUGCUUGGAACCUGUCGGUUAUUGGAGCAAAGCAGCUUUCAGACGCCAUCAUUAUGCUUAUGACUACUGGCUUCGACUUCCACGAAUACAUUUUGGUUUUUGUGCGCAACCUUGGCUCAAGCGCCUUCGCGCUGCAGUAGGAUCAGAGAUGGAAGGAAACCGCAGGGGCGCAACUGGAUCCGACAAGGAUUUCACUUUUGUCAGCUCAGUUGUGAAAUACCUGCUGUUCUUUUUUAAUUUCAUAUUCUGGGUAAUCUCCUUGGUAAUGGUGGCAGUCGGCGUUUACGCACGUAUGGUAAAGCAUGCAGAGGCAACCCUGGCAUCUCUGUCUGUGGAUCCUGCCGUUAUGCUGAUGGUGGUGGGAGUCCUGAUGUUCCUAAUCACCUUCUGUGGCUGCGUGGGCUCGCUGCGAGAAAACAUCUGCCUCCUGCAAACAUUUUGUAUCUCCCUGGUGGUGAUUUUCAUAAUCCAGCUGGCUGCUGGGAUUCUGGGCUUCAUCUUUUCAAAUAAGGCAAGACAAAAAGUAACAGAAGUGAUCAAUGAUGCAGUCGUUCACUACAGAGACGACGUUGAUCUGCAAAACCUUAUAGACUUCGGCCAAGAAGAGUUUGGAUGCUGUGGUGCUGCGACAUACCUUGACUGGUCCAAUAACAUCUACUUUGAUUGUAACCAAUCCAACCCCAGCAGAGAGCGCUGCUCCGUCCCCUUCUCCUGUUGCAUCCGCUCUAGAAACGAGAGUGUAGUCAACACCAUGUGUGGCCAAGGCAUGCAAGAACGUGAAUUCGGUGAAGCUGGCAAAAAAAUUCACACCAAUGGCUGCAUAGAUGUGCUGGUUGACUUUAUCCACAGCAACAUGUUUAUACUGGGCGGCAUUGCACUGGGACUGGCAAUACCAGAGCUGGUGGGCAUGUUUUUGUCUCAGCUUCUGAUCAAUCAGAUCAAAGACCAGAUUGAACUGCAACAAUACAACCUCAAGCACAGCUCUGACCCAUGGAGCUGAUCCUGGAUCAGAUUUUUUGCAAUAUUUAGCAACGCAUAGGGACUCGGUACAAACAAGCUUGUGCUUGAAGAUGUGACACUUUGCUGCCACCUUCUGGUUAGUUGAGGGGCUUGCAUUUAUCACACUGCACUGAUCGAACUUGUUUUUUUACUCUUCAUUUGUUUUCAGUGGGAAAUAGAAAGGUUUUCAUUUUAUUAUAUAUUGUAAAUACCUGAAAAUUGUUUGUUAUUUCAGCAUUUAAGCGGAUUUGAUUUGUUUAUACUUAGAAAUCAUAUUUAGUUGAAUUCUUUAAUGCAUCUGAGAUGUUGUGGUUUCCAUUCUGGGUUUUUUUUUUCUUUUAGUUACAACAUAUAGCAUUUUUGUUAUCUGUCAUAAUUAAUAUAAAUGUUUCAGCUCUACACUUUGGGGAUGUUUGGUUCCUACUCUGAAGGGAAUGUUGUUCUAUGGCUCUAAUGAAUAAUGCCAACAAGAAAAAUAAAGCAUGUACAUGUAAUUUCAAACAUGAUCAAAGCACAAUCACAUUAGCAAAUCAUUUUUACAUAUUACAUUUCCUUUCACCAUGUUCCAAAAGGAGUAGGGGAAAAUAAAAACCCUGAUACAUAUUCAAACACCACUGAACUGCUCCUCUUUGUAAUUUUAUCAUUUUUAGUUUUAUUUAGAAAACACAUAAAGCGGAAAUAAAUGUUCAUAUGUACAGUAUUUCAACAGGGAUAGUUUUAUAUUCCCAUUCGUUUUCUUAUUAUUUCCAAACAUCAUAUGAUUUAUUUUCUUCACAAUUGAAGGGACUGGAUUAUUUAUAUCAAACCAUUAUAUAAAUUUGUUGUUUUUCUUUUUGUGACCACAUCCAAAAGCUCAUUAAAUUCCAACCUGAUGUUAAAAUGUUAAAUUUUCUUCUUUUUCAGCUUUGGUUGAUUUUUUUUUCUGUUCAGUUUGUUGUUUAUUGCACUAUUCCAGCUCACCUGUGAUGUUCAUAUUGUUGUGGUCACUUUUUAUUGUCAGCCAACUGACAUGUGUGCACUGCUACAAGAUAACAAGGCUAUGCUUGUUUUACACACUGCAGUGCCACAUAGAUGCUUAUUAAAACACACUUCCCUAAUAA